AAAAUGAUGCCCCGCCAAAUUUCAUCAUUUCCCUCUCUGCCUAAGCAGCUUUAGCGGUUUAUCUCGAGUUUUCAUAUAGGGUUCUCUUCAAUAAUCGCUUUUAACUUUUGAUAACACACAACUCUACAAAUGUCAUCUUCAGUCCAUACUGAAGAUUCACAAUGGAAAAACCCUAGCAAUUAUAGCCGCAAAGACAAAUCGCUCGGUCUUCUUUGCUCCAAUUUCUUGAAGCUGUGUGAUCGGGAAGGUGUGGACUCCAUUGGUUUGGACAAUGCCGCCGAUCAAUUAGGUGUUGAGAGGCGUCGCAUUUAUGAUAUUGUCAAUAUUUUGGAAAGUGUUGGGGUUUUGUCACGAAAAGCUAAGAAUCAGUAUAGAUGGAAUGGGUAUAGUGCUAUUCCUAAAGCUGUAGAUUUGCUUAAGAAAGAAGGACUAAAAGAUCACUCAACUGUCUCCUCCACUUGCCACAAUAGUGCAAAUGUCAUAGCUUGUAAUCAUUCAGAUCUUAAGGAAAAAGGGGAAUGCGAAACUUCUGGAUCACAUAAGAAUGACAACCGCAAAGAGAAGUCCUUGAUGAUUCUUGCACAAAAUUUUGUAAAGCUUUUCCACUGUACUGAUGUUGACUUGAUCUCUCUUGACAAGGCUGCAUCAGCUUUGCUUGGUGAUAUGCACGAUCCGAUGGCUAUGAAGACAAAGAGCAGACGCUUGUAUGAUAUUGCAAAUGUCUUUGUGUCCAUGGAGCUCAUUGAGAAGAUACGUAGCCCAGAUACUGGAAAACCAGCAUUUAGGUGGAUAGCUUGGAAAGGAAAUCCUGGGUCCCCUGCAGCUACUAAAUCAGAUGAUUCAACGAGGAGAACAUUUGGGGCAGAUAUCACAAAUACAAUUCCCAAAAGAUGCAGGGCUGAUUUUUCAUCUGAUCUAAUGUCAAACGGGCAGGUAAAAAGGUUGAAAGUUGCAAAAGAUGAGGAAUUGAAAGAUAAAAAUCAGGAGAUAUCAACAGAGCAGCUUAAUGAACAUGAUACAAAGGAAUUUGUAUUUGGCCCUUUUGGUCCAGCUAGUCUGCCAAGAUCAGGAGUUUCUGGAAAAGAAAAGUUGAAACAGACUCAGAACUGGGAGGAGCUGGCAUCUAAAUUUCGCCCUCAGUAUCAGAAUAAGGCUGCAAGUGAGCUUUUUGCUCAUUAUGUUGAGGCAUGGGAGUUGUGGCAGGUUGAAGCUGCCAAUGAGCUGCACAAACAACAUGAACAUUAAUGUAAUCUUGGAUCUCUUUUGUUUCAGAUGGCAUCAAACACUUUCAACAAGGAUAAUAUAUCUGAUGCUGUUACUCUCACCUGAGAGAUGGUGGUUAUUGGUUGAAUAUCUCCUGCAUACAUCUAUCAGUUGAAUGUGCGGUUUAUUAUCAGUUUGUGAUAUCCAAGCCCUGAUGGUUAGUUCUGUUCGGUGACGUUGUAGUUCCCAGUUUUAUCUGGAUGAGUUUCCUCUUGAAGCGUUUCCAGACUGGACCUUUUAAAUUGCAUUGAGCUAAAUUAACUGUGAUGUAAAUAGUAUGCAGGCAUCUAAAUUUUGCUAGUCAUCUCACUGCCGGAGGAAUGUAAAUCAGAAAUUGUUCAUUUUUUGCA